AUGGCCGCAUCCAAACGUUCCACUCGAUCCACCGCCUCCAAGAAGUCCUUCAUCUCCAUCCCGAAGAUUUCCACCCCGAAGAUUGAUUUCUCCAUGAAAACGAACGCGCAAAAGUUCCUCUUCUUUUCCGCGUUUACCGUCAUCGCGUACGGGUUCGCCGCGCUCUUCGCGCCGUGGGAGACGUUCGGGAAGCUCUUGAUGCCGAUUCUUCCGGCGUCUGGCGUCACGGAGAAGUCGUUCUCUCAAUGGAAGGAGGUCUUUGCCACUUUUUCGUUCGGAUGGGCGGUCGGGAAAAUCGUCGCGGCUUCUUCGUCGCAAAAAGCGACCAAGUUGUUCUGCCAAUUGAACUCGCUCCCGAUGACGUACUUCGUGUAUUGUUGCCACAAAGCGCAAACGUUCGACUGGCCGACGUGGGCGUUGUUUUUGACAGCCUACGUGUACUUUGGGUACUUGGCCAAGUAA